UUCGAUGGACGACGAUGAAUUCGCCUUCGACGACGAUAUCGACCUCGACGAACUCCAGAAAGUCGAAGAUGCCGCCAUCGUCACAUUAACACAACAGCCCGCCGCACGAGGGCGGAUCGAAGUUCCGGGUACCGACCUGGGAUCAGCGGCGGGAUACCAUUUGAGUUACGGCCAAGCACGGGUCGCACAGCUGAGGAGGGAUGGAUCGGAUUUACGGAGGAGUACGACGGGAGAAUCGAUGGGGCAAGAGCUUGGGAUAGGUGGUGCGCCACCGAGACGGUCGACGUCGGAUUUAUCUGCUAUUGCACCCCAGCAAGGAGUACCACCACGGUGGCAGCAGCCUCGGUCAUACUCGAGUAACCUAUCUACGGUGGGGCAGGUCCCCUCUCCAGCAGCACUUCCAUCACCACCUCCCCUCCCUCAACUACCAACAACUACCAAGACCACGAACCCCAUCCCCACCAACCCCAGCGACCUUGUCAAGGAACUAGAAGCCCUCCGCGCGCAGAACUCCUCCCUCCAAUCCUCUCUCGCAACCUCAACGACCCUCCUCUCCUCCCACGCCGGCCAAAUAUCCCUCCUCCGCUCCAACUUAUCCCGCCUCUCCACCUCCCACUCCGCUGCCCUGAUAUCGGCGAAACAGGAGGUGCGGGAAGCGGAAGAGAGCGCGAGGAGGGAGUUGGAAAGUUUGAAGGGGGAGUUGGAGAGGGAGAGGGUUGAGAAGGGAUUUUUGGAGAGGGAGGUUAGGGAGGUUGGGGAGAUGAGUAAGGAGUUGAGGGCGAAACUGGCUGCUGGUGGGGCGAGUGCAGAAACACCGAGAAAGAAGACGAACGGCGAUGCGGGUGGGUGGGUUGGACAGAGGGAGUUUGAGGGGAAUGAUGACCAGAUCAUUCGACGCAAACGGAGACGAACGACGUCUGCCAAUCAACCCCAUGACGCUCCAGUACCCGAGACCGACGAAAGCGAGGCACCAAUCGUGGUUGUCCCUGCUGUCAAAGCCGAAGAACACGACCGCCUCGAUUUCAUCCACGAACUCAUCGCAUACACCCCUCCCUUCGCCUCCUCAACCUCCUAUAUUGCACUCUCUACUUGCACCCUCCCUAAGUCAUCUCUUCCAAUCUCAACCUCCCUCACGCAUCAAAUCCUGAUUGACUCGUCCGUCCUCACCGCGGAGUCAUUACCAAAGCGAGUUUUGGAAGUCCUGUUGGAUAUGGCAAAUAAAAUCGAACAAGAACAGAUGUGGCCAGCAUUGGUACACCUCUUCUUCUUAGCAGAAUGGACGAUGAUAUGUCAUCCCCAUAUCGAAACCCUGAGGGAGACGUUGGAGGGUUGGUUAGCGUUCACGAAACGCGUUAUUGCGCAAGAAAUGAUUCCACGGAUUCAGUCUACAGAUCUCGACGCCGAGACGGACCCAGCAGAAGGGGCACUGGAAAGUGUAGAUGCUGCAUGGCAGGUAUUGGAGACACUGCUAUUUGUCGUCGGCGCAGCCGGUUCCAAAGAAGAGGACACCAUAAGGAAAAUCUGGGGAACGCUCGGCUUGGAAUGGACACUAAUGUCCCUCCACCCGAAACAACGCUCCGCUGUAACCUCGGCAGCUCUUCGGACCUUGCACCGCUCAAUAACCCCGACCUCGCUCGGACCACUCCUCCCACCAUCCAUCGAUUCAAACACGAGCGAUGAAACAGAACGGGCAAAGGAGCGAACUUAUUUGUUUGACGCGCUGACGAAAUAUCUCAUCCGUCCCCAAACCUCGCUCACGCUCAAAUGCCUCGUCAUCGACGUCCUCGCCCGCAACCACUCCCUCCAUUCCUCUACCCUCCAACCUCGGACGGAGAAAAUGCUCAUCCCCCGCCUCAUCCGUUGCAUAACCUCCACCGUCACCUUCGCCUACAACCGCCCCUCCGCCCCGUCCCCACCCCUCACCACCCUCCUGCGCUCCUCCGUCCGUCUCCUCCGCUCCAUCGCACCCGUCGAUAAACCAGAACAAUUACUACAGGAAAUAGUGAGUGCGGGGACGGGGACGUUCCAGGCGUUCGUGGUGGGCAUGACGAGGGUUGCGUUUGAUGAGUGGGAGGGCGAGGAAGAAGGGUGGGGGGAUGAUGUUGCGGAGUUUGCGAGGGAGGUUUUGGAAUGUGGGGUUAGUCCGGAGGAGGGGGAUCAGAUUUAUGAGGUGAUGUAUACUUAGAUGAUCAGGGAUAGCAUGCUUUCGAGGUGUGGUUGAGGGUAGAUGGUCAUUGGCAAUUGGGCUACGGUUACGGCGUUAUAUUCUUCUCCAUGUUGCAUAGAGGCUUCAUCUAUCCAGAUAAGGGCGUGUGCUCCUCAAUUCACGUCAGGCAACCCCGAGCCGGCAUUGAUAUUACAGACGGAG